AUGGCGGAACGAAAUGUCGUCCCAGUUGAUCCAUUAUCACAUAAACCAGUCGAAUUAUGGCGCAAAUAUUUGAAACAGGGACGCAUUUCUGAGCCUGUUAAGCCAUUGAGGCUUGAUACACCAAUUUUUGAAAAUAAGGUACGUUUUGUGUGUAUUUCGGAUACACAUGAAAAAAUGGAAGAAGUAUUAUCCGUAAUACCGGACGGUGAUAUUUUCAUUCAUGCUGGUGAUUUUACAAAUUAUGGUGAUAUUGGUGAAGUAAUUAAAUUUAAUGCCCAAAUUGGUAGUUUACCGCAUAAACAUAAGAUAGUUGUAGCUGGAAAUCAUGAAAUUGGUUUUGAAGAUGGUGAAGAGUUAAAUGAAAAGCAACUUGCUGGCUUAAAUAUGCUUGGUAUUAGUAAGCCAUAUGAAUUGCUAACAAAUUGCUCUUACCUAUGUGAUCGACAAAUUGAGAUUUAUGGUUUAACAAUUUAUGGCGCUCCAUGGCAUUUAAUGCCAGGUUAUUCAUUUUAUCGCUCACGUGGUCAUUCAAUAAUGCAAAAAUGGAAGAUUAUACCAUCUAAAGUUGAUGUACUAAUUACUCAUACACCACCACUUGGACAUGGCGAUUUUAAUGCCUGGAAUAAAUGUGAUGGUGUAUUAGCUGGAUGUGCUGAUUUGUUAAAUACAGUGGAAAAACGAGUGAAACCAAAAUUUCAUGUUUUUGGACAUAUUCAUCAGAUGCAUGGUGUAACAACAAAUGGUCAUACAACUUUUAUUAAUGCAUCAAUUUGUGAUCAUAAAUUAAGGAUAGAAUAUGAUCCGAUCAUUUUUGAUAUACCUUUACCAGCUGGCUAUAGUAAGGACUGA